AUGUCUACUCCAAAGAUCGGUCUAUUAUUAAUACACCCAGCUGUCACUACCACUCCAGAACUAGUGGAGGAUGUUAAGAAUAAUGCUCCAAAGAGAAAUAUCAAGAUAGUGAACCAAUUUUUAAUUAACAAAGUUAACGACGGGUCCAUUAAAUUGAAGGUAAAUGAGUAUAAUGUUAUCCACUAUUUGACACCUGAAGAACCUGAAAAGAUCUUGUUUCCUAAGAAAUUGAUCCCCGUAUUGAAAAAUGCCUUGAAGGAUAAUGGGUUGUUGUACGGGUUGAGUGAUAAAUAUAAGAUUGAUGCAUUAGUUAAUGGGUUCGAAAUUAAAACUACUGAAGGUGAUGACUUUUAUCACUGGGUAAAGAAACCGGAUACUGACGCCAAGAAAACUGUUGCAGUCCCAUUAAAAAGCUCAGGUGAUGCAGAAAAGAAGACUACUACUGCUAAAUUACCAAGCUUCAAGAAAGCAAGUGAUUCGAAGGCGUUACCAACUUUCAAGAAAGCCUUACCUACUUUCAAUAAGAAGAAAGUCGCCGAAACUAAAGUUCAUGUCGCUGAGGAUGACUUAGAUGAUCUAGAUGAUGAAGAGGAAGAAGAUUCUGUGUUCAGUGAUAGCUCCAAGGCCAGAUUCCUUGAUGACUUAGACGACGAAGAUUCUAUUGAAGAAGAUGACCUAAUUGAAGGUAGAGAUGAUAACGGUAAUAUUACCAUGAUUGUUUGUGGUAAGUCUAACACUAAGAAGAAGAAGGCUUGUAAGGAUUGUUCUUGUGGUAUCAAAGAAGAGGAAGAGCAAGAGAUUGAUAACAUUAGAAGUCAACAGGAUAACGUUGUCAAAUUCACUGAAGAUGAAUUAACUGAAAUUGAUUUCACCAUUGAUGGUAAGAAAAUUGGUGGUUGUGGUUCAUGUUCUCUUGGUGAUGCCUUCAGAUGUACUGGUUGCCCAUACUUGGGUUUGCCAGCUUUCAAACCUGGUGAGGCUAUUAAUUUGAAUAGUAUCUCUGAUGACUUGUAA